UUGAGCUUUCCCCUCACUGCCAGAGACCUCGAUCCUCAUACUAACAAAUGUUGAAUUAGCUGUAGCGGGUUGAACAACACACUAUUGAGAACACGUGUCGGUCACAGGGGUUUACAGGCGAUGUUAGCAACGCGAGUGAAGUUUGCGGCGACUGACUGAGACCAACUGAGUGUACCAGUGGAGUGUACCAGUGGAGUGUACCAGUGGAGUGUACCAGUGGAGUGUAACAGUGGAGUGUACCAGUGGAGUGUACCGUCGUCAUGGCGGAUGCUGAUGAGCUGUGUGAAACAAUCAUGCGGGAGCUACACGACGUGGUCAUUUCUGAAAGUGGCGAUGUUGACGAGGAGCUGGAGGAACUCACCUUCCAACAGGACACGGUCUCCGAUGAUAUUCCACCAUCUCUGCUCAGUUACUUUGAAACUUCAAAAAGCAGAGCAGCGAGAAGUGAGAAGUUCAUUCUUGAGGAACUUGAAGACUUCACUGCGUCACGUCACACUGAGGACAUGAAGAAAUUGCCCAAUGAACUUGAUAAGGACAUGAUGAAGAAGCAGGUCACUUUUGACACAGAAAAUGAGUCCAUCUCUUCUGCUGAGACAGAAGCACUUUUUUCUCACAAUCUGUCAGUGUGUCCUGACAGUGAAGAUGAGGCUGAAACAGAUGAAUAUGUGGGGCCUGGACUGGGGACCAUUCAGAGCUCAGAGAAAGAGGAACAGAUAAAGAAUAGCACAGAAUCCCAUAGAGAACACAGAGAGAAAAGACACUGUGAGGAGAUGAAGACAGAAGAGAAGAGGAGACAGAGACACAGAGACUUCCAGGAGGAGCUGAAGAAGAUCAUGGAGGCAGAGAAGCUUCAUCAGAGAGAACUGGAGUUGAUGAAGAAGAGAGCUCAGGAAAAACUGGAAGAGGAGUUUCUUCUUAAGCAGGAGCUGAUCUGCAACUUACAAAAACAAGUGGAGGAGGAGAAGAAGAUGAGAGAGGAGGAGCAGAAGAGGUUCAAGGAAGAGGGUGAGAAGAAAAGGAAGGAGGAAGAAGAAAAGAGGAGAAGAGAGGAUGAGGACAGGAGGAAAAAGGAAGACGAGAUAAUUAAGAGGGAGCGCAAAAGGAUGGAGGAACAGAUGAGGAGAAAGAAAGAGGAAAAGAGAAAAAUGGAAGAAAUUAAACUUAAAGAAGAGAUCAGAAGAAAGAGAGAAGAGGAGCAGAGGAAAACGGAGGAAGAGGAAAAGAGGAGAUUUCAAGAGGAGGAAAAGGGGAAAAAAGAAGAGGAGCAAAAGAUGAUACAGGAAGACAUGAGAAAGAAGGAGGAAGAGAGAAAAAUAAACGAAACAAGACUUAAGGAAGAGGGGAAGAUGAGACAGAUAGAGGAAGAGGAGAGAGAAAGGAAGGAAAAUGAGGAGAAAAUAAAGGAGAGGGAUAAGAGUAGGAAAAGUGAGGAGGAAACAAAGGCAAUGGAUAAAAUGAUGGCAAAGAAGAUGGAGGAAGACAAAAGGAGAAAAAAUGAAGAAGAAAUGGUAAAGGAGUGGCAAAAGAAAGAAAAGCAAGACAGUAAAAACAGUAAUGAGGAUAAUAAGAAAAGAGAGGAAGAGAGAAAGAUCGCUAAGGAACUUGAGGUGAGGACAAAGACUGAGGAGGUGAGGAAAAAGGUGGAAGAGAGAAGAAUUGAAGAGAAAGGAAAGAAUAUGGAGGAAGAGAUGAUGAUGGCUAAGCAGAUGAAUAAGAAGGAAGGGGAAGAUAAAGAUAUUGAAGAAAUGCAACUCAAGGAAGAUGGAGAAAAGAGAAAGAAGGAACAUAAUAUGGAAUUUAGUGAUAAAAAGAAGGAAGAAGUGAAAACAACUGAAGAGGACAAGAGGCCAUGGCAGGAGCAAGAAAUGAGGACACAGAAAGAAGAAGAAGAGCACAAUAGCAUGGAAAAAGAAAUAAGAGUCAAGAAAGAGAUGGAACAGAAUAGAGACAAAAGAAAGAUGGAACCUGAGGUAAAAACAAAGGAUGAUGUGAGAAGAAAUAAAGCAGACAAAUGGCGGAUUAAGGAAGAUGUGAGAAAAGACAAGGAAGAAGAAAUGCAAAUGGAAGAAAGAGGACUCAAAGGAGAAGAGGAAACGAACAACUUUGGAGUGCAGGACGCCGAAAAGGAAGAGAGGCUGAAGCUGCAAGAGAAGAAAAGAGAUAAGGAUGGACUGAAAAGUCAAAACAAGACAAAGAAUAUCAAACCGACCUCCUCAUGCACCGUCUCUUUACAAAGCGAGUGCACAGUCGGUGCCUCCAGCUCUGAAAAUGUACAACAACUUGACCCAAACAAGAAUAUUCUCUAUACCUCCACAUCUCAAACUAUGAAACAACAAGAUGCAGAUGUAUCGCCUCGCAGCUCUUCCUGCCCUUUACCUGUGUGUCUUCCGGAGCACACAGAGCAGAAGAGACUGUCAUGGAUGAGAGACUGCAUCCCGUGGUCCAGACUGUCUCUGCAGAACAAGAGCAAGCAAAAAGUGCAUGUCCGAAGUCGCAGGGGACUGCGCAGGGCCUCCGAGGCCUGUAGUCUGCCACCUGUCUGUCCACAAACUCUGCUCCAGUCCCCAGGCUGCAGAUCCCUGCAAGAGGUUACCACGGUGACCCUGGAGGACUUGCCUGGCUGCAGCUUCGUCACUCUCGCUCAGUGUCCUCAACUUCAAUCCCUCACCCUCAGACGCUGUGGCCUCAAAUCCCUGGAAGGCAUCAACCAGUUACCACAGCUGCGCUACAUCGAUGUGCAGGGGAAUGACAUCUCAUUUGUGGAUUGUGAAAACAUGGCGAGUUUGCAAGUUCUUCGCCUCGGACACAACAAGUUAACAUCCAUCCAUGGGUUGAGUGGAGCUGAAAACCUGAAUGUUCUGGACCUCUCGCACAACUCCAUCACCCGCAUUGCUGGUCUGGAGUCUAUAAGGAGACUGCAGAGUUUGUCACUGGAUCACAACCAGCUGAUCAGCACCAAAGGGCUGAGGGACACGUACACCCUCCUUCACCUGGACUGCUCCCACAAUCACCUGGCCGGCGCGGAGGGUGUGGAGAACUGCGCUCUGCUCCAGACCCUGGACCUAAGAUCCAACAGCCUCACUGAGCCCCCCAGUCUGAACAACCACAUCCUCCUCAGAGAGCUGCAUCUAGAUGACAACAGCAUCUCGUCGCUGCAGGGCCUCGCUGUCUGCUGGCUUCCCCUCAUGCACCACCUCUCAGCAGCUGAAAACAGAAUUACCCUCCUGCCCUCCUUGUCUGAUUUUGUGUCCCUUACAAAUUUGGAUCUUCGCUUCAACUGCAUGUCAGAACUGCAGAAUGUGUGUGAAGGUGUGGAAGGAUGUCUCUUCCUGCAAGAGGUCCACCUCAGCGGGAAUCCUCUUCAGCAAGAGAUUGGCUGGAGAUCCACGCUGCAGAAAGCCGUGGCUGGCCUGAGAGCCAUUGAUGGCGAGGAGACAGACUCCUUUCUGUCAGCCCCUGCUGCUCAACAGCUCAGCCUGGCCUCAGGCAGCUUCCUAACGCUUUGUCAGGCUCAGCUUAAGCAGAUUCGUGAUUUACAGCAGCAGCACAGCAGGGAGCUCAGUAAUGCCUCAGCUCCCCUGGAUGCUGUGAAAAGAUCCUGUCGACACUUCACUGAGACUCUGAAACUUGCUGUGGACCAGAGGUUGGCUCAUGAAUACGGCGACACCGUUGUGUCUGCAGGCCAAACAAUGCUGGAGGAAACACUGGACAUGGACAGUGCUGCUCCUAAAAAGCUCGCUGAGCACUCAGAAAUUGGGUCCACUGAAAAAGCUCCACCAGUCAUUCCAAACAGGAACAACACCAACUGGACAUUAGAGGAGAAGUUGUCCUUCAGUCAUCUAGGCCUUCACUCCUUGGCAACGAUGGAAACAACCACUUCCUCUCAACUUAAAGUGGCUCCUGUGUCCAACCAUCCAGACCUGGACUCCAAAAACACAGCAGCAGUCGUGAUUCAGCAGCGGUGGAGGAAGUACAGACAGAAAUGUGGGAACAUCAGCAGCCCCCCCACAGCUGAGAAGGGAGGUGAAAGAGGAGGAGAUGGAGGAACGCCAGAGUCAGGACCUUCUGAUGUUGACAGAAGCGUUGUUGGCCAAGAUUAUGCAGCAACUAUCAUCCAGGCAUUCUGGAGGGGCUUCGCUCUGAGGAGGAGGCUUGAAACUGCUCUGGCUGCUGUCACAUGCCCCGACAGCGGAGAGGACGAAGCCUUUGAGGAGGUAGACGUGGAUGGAUUUGUCUUUGAUGAGGCAGCACUGGAGAAGCACUGGACAUUGCCACUUUCUGAAGAAUCAUCUUUCAGACAUCAGCAUGGUUCAGAGCAGCCACUUUCUCUGAAGCCUCCUGGGCCCUUUCCUGAACCCUCACAGUACACACUCCCACCAACACCUUCAUGGAGGCCAAAGCAGGCCUGGGUGGCAGGAGAACAAGUGGACUCCACAGGGAUGGAAGUUUCACCAGAGAGUUCUAUCAGAAGCAAAUCUCCUGCUUCGACUGCAGCGCUCAGUGGUCUCUCUGCAAGAUCAGAAAAGAUUGUGCAAGAAUGGGGGUUCCACGACAGCAACACAGCUCUUCUGAUGCUCAAGAGAGCUCAGAAGAUGAGGUCCAAGAAGCAACAGCAGAAUAAAUAUAGAGAUCCCUCUGUCUGCCUUGCAUUGUUCAGAAACUGCAAAUACCAGCAGGCUCCAGUGGAGGCACGAAACAGGCCUGCCCCACACAACAGAAAUCAUGUGAAAGUGUGCAGAGCAAAGCUGGACCUGGAGCAGGCGGAGCAGACGGAGCAAGUGACGCAGGAACGAGCUCAGCAGUGGCUGCACACCCAGUCAGACAGGGACUCAGAGAGUGAACAUUUCCUACCAGAGAUCAGCUCAGUUGUUCUGAAUGGAGGCAGAGUGCAGCUAGUGGCUGACCCAGCACACGCUGAACGUCUACAUCACGCCAGUGGAUUGUGGGCCAGCAGCAGUUUAGUUUCCCAACCCUGCAAAGAGAGAAAUUAUCCUUGCAGCAACUCUUUGGGUCAUGCAAGAAAAGAGGUUCUAUCUCCGCAGCGCGUCCAGUCUGCUCCAACAAGAAGGGAACGCAUCUCCCUCCGAGACAAUCCGGUCCAGCUGAGCGGCGGCUGGGGAGGAGGGAAGAAAAGGGACAAAGUGUACAAGUAGAACACCAACUCCACGACGACGACAUCUCUUUUUGUUCCUGCCCUGACACGGCACCAUUUAAAGUAGAUACAACUAUAACUCCCAUACAGCUACGAUGUGCACAUAUGUAGAUGUGCAUCUUGUACAUCUAGCAGCAUUUUCAAAAUCUAAAUCUAUGUGCAUCAGAAUUGCUCAGGGGCCGUGCUGCCUUUGAUACAGAUUUGAUGUCUUAAGUUAUUAAAUAAAUCUUUGUUCGGACUUUA